AUGAGUCUGCAAAUCCCCCAUCACCCCAAGGCCAAUGGCGCUGGCAAGGACACCAAGGCCGUCAUCCUGGUCGGAGGUCCCUCCAGAGGUACUCGCUUCAGGCCGCUGUCGCUCGACGUCCCCAAGCCUCUCUUCGAUGUCGCCGGCCACCCCAUCAUCUGGCACUGCCUCACGGCGGUCGCCAAGGUCCCCUCCAUCCAGGAGGUUGUCAUGAUCGGCUACUACGACGAGUCCGUCUUCAAGGACCUCAUCAAGGAGGCCUCGUCCGCCUUCCCCGGCCUGCCCAUCAAGUACCUGCGCGAGUACGAGGCCCUGGGCACCGCCGGCGGCCUGUACCACUUCCGCGACGCCAUCCUCAAGGGCCGCCCCGAGCGCAUCUUCGUGCUCAACAGCGACGUCUGCUGCUCCUUCCCCCUCAACGAGAUGGCCAAGCUGUUCGACGACAAGGACGCCGAGGCCGUCAUCCUCGGCACCCGCGUCCACGAGGACGCCGCCACCAACUUUGGCUGCAUCGUCAGCGACGCCCACAGCCGCCGCGUCCUCCACUACGUCGAGAAGCCCGAGGGCCACAUCUCCAACCUCAUCAACUGCGGCGUCUACCUCUUCAGCGUCGACGCCAUCUUCCCCUCCAUCAAGAGCGCCAUCAAGCGCCGCACCGACCGCCCCCGCCUCGUCAGCUACCCCUCGUCCGAGAACCUCGAGUCCAGCUUCAUGGCCGACGACGACGAGGAGAAGAGCAAGGAGGUCCUGCGCCUCGAGCAGGACAUCCUCAGCGACCUCGCCGACAGCAAGCAGUUCUUCGUCUACGAGACCAAGGACUUCUGGCGCCAGAUCAAGACGGCCGGCUCCGCCGUGCCCGCCAACGCCCUCUACCUCCAGCAGGCCUACCAGGGCGGCUCCAAGGAGCUCUCCAAGGCCGUGCCCAACCACAUCAUCCCCCCCGUCUUCAUCCACCCCUCGGCCACCAUCGACCCCACGGCCAAGCUGGGCCCCAACGUCUCCAUCGGCCCCCGCGUCACCAUCGGCGCCGGCGUCCGCAUCAAGGAGACCAUCGUCCUCGAGGACAGCGAGAUCAAGCACGACGCCUGCGUGCUCUACUCCAUCAUUGGCUGGAACAGCCGCGUCGGCGCCUGGGCCCGUGUCGAGGGUACCCCGACCCCCGUCACCAGCCACACCACCAGCAUCGUCAAGAACGGCGUCAAGGUCCAGAGCAUCACCAUUCUUGGUAAGGAGUGCGGCGUCGGCGAUGAGGUUCGCGUGCAGAAUUGUGUGUGUCUGCCGUUCAAGACGUUGAAGAGGGAUGUUUCAAACGAAGUCAUCAUGUAA